AUGGCAAGCGUGCUUGCGGCUGCUACCUGGGAUCCAUUACGAUAUUGCAGCUCAAAGGAGUUGUCUCGACUCGAUGAGAGAUUUGAUUUCGCACUGCAAGAUGUGACUUGUCUUGUUUUUUGGACCGGCGUGCCGCCUGAGCUUGCCCGACGAUGGGCAGAGGAACACGAUUUGCCGACACUGACCCUCGCAAUGGGUCCCUUAUACAGCGAUCGCAAUGCAGGUAGUGUGAGAUAUGGCAAGAGCUCGAAAGCUUGGUCCAGGUAUAUGAAGGCGGCUUCUGGUCGAUUUGCAGAGUACGCAUGCCGUGGUGGCCGUCAGGCCGUUGUCCUCACAAAACCCCCUCCAAGUAUCUACAGCACCAGAAAGCGAUCGAACUAUCGAUAA